AUGGGCAGCGGUGUCUCCACGAUCGCCGGCUUCGAAGCUCUGUCGCCCGCCGACCAAGCCGAAGCGCAAGCCCAGUACGAAGCUCUCGUCACCGAUGGCGCUUCGAGCGAGACGGCGAUGACCACCAUUCGGGCCAAAUUUACAGCGUCGACGGUGCACAUUGAGCUGCCGCAGCUCCUGGACGCGAUUGCAGCCGCCGUGGGCCGAGGCAAGACGCCGCUGGUGAUCGACGCCAGCGACCGCGUCAAUACUUUCUUUAGCUACCGCCACAUGCGCAAGGUACCGGUGCCUGAGAUCAUGGAAGAGGCGCGGACGCGGCUUGUCGGAGCGCUCAAAUGCGGUCACCCGAUGGUCGUUGCCAUGAGCCAAUGCGUCGUUGACUUUGCUAAAACGUUCAAUGACGCGACGCUGCCGGUCGACGUGACUCGGAACGGAACGCUGGCGUUCUUUCCGAGCGACCUCGUGUGUUCGAAUGCGGGGAAAGGGCUUCUAAACCACCUCGAUGCGCUCUACCGCCCCCACGACAUGAAGGACACGAGCAACGUCCCGCUCUGUCGCAACCCAAGUGAGUUUCACGUCGUGCUGACAUCGAAUUUCACACACACGGACUUUGAAACGUACCUCUUCAAGCCCGAGAUGGGUCUGCCUCUGCCCAAGUAUCAGUACGAGUUCAUCCUUGUGCAACAAGAAGCCAUCGAAGAAGAUUUAUAA